AGUCAUCAAAACCGCAGUAGUAGGAUCGGUAGAAAAAGUGAAUUGAAUUCAACAGAAAUCAUGCUGGUUGAGAUGCUAGUCUUUCUCGUAACUCUCAUCACACCGAUUUUCGCAACAUCAACUUUAAUUUCUGUAGUACAGGUAUUUCGUCAUGGCCAAAGAACUGCAACGAAUCACUAUUCUAACGACCCCUACUCGAGUUCAGAAUAUUGGCCAGUAGGACCAGGACAAUUAACAAACACUGGAAAGACACAACACUUCAGACUAGGCCAAUAUACACGUGAAAGGUACAAUGACACUUUACCAAGAGCUUACGCCAGUGACUUCUUCUACGUACAAACAACUGAGGUUGAUAGAACUCACAUGUCAGCCCAAUGUAAUGUCUUAGGGUUGUUUCCCCCUACAGCAGCAGAACAAUGGAAUCCAGAUAUAUCUUGGAGUCCAAUUCCCAUUCAUCCAUUAGAUUCAGAUAUCUUAUCUCCUCUUCCACUAUGUAAGGCCUAUUUCGAAGAACAGUCUAGAGUUUUGAAUAACGAAUCAUACUACAAAGACAUCGAUAAGAAGUACGCAGAUUUGUAUGAUUAUCUCACAAUACACAGUGGCGAUAAUGUUACUUCUCUGAGUGGAGUGGGGUCUAUUUUCGAUAGUCUGUUUAUCGAAAAUGAGUUUGGCUAUACUUUACCUUCAUGGACUGAUGCUGUUUUCCCGGAGCCUAUAACCACUCUGGCAGGAUAUUCGUUCCAAAGUAGUGGAUACACCACCAAACUGGCACGUCUGAGUGCUGGAACGUUCCUCAAAGAGGUUAUAGAACACUUUGAAAAAAUGCAACAAAAUACUACCAGUGCUCAUUUUUUCCGAAUGUAUAGCGGCCACGACUUCAAUAUUGUUCAAAUACUCUCGGCUUUGGGUGCAUAUGAGCCUCACGUCCCAUAUUUUGCAAGCACCAUCUACUUUGAAUUGUGGAAAUCUUUUCUUGGGACUUACCACGUCAACAUUUAUUAUAAACAAAAAGACGUUAUCAAGAAGAUUACACCAAAAGGUUGUUUGCAAUUCGAUUGUAACCUCAGCCAUUUAAAAAAAGAACUUCAUGAUGUCCUCAUUGACUCGAAAACUAAGGCAGAAGAAUGUAAUUCAUGAAUAUAUCUUGAAUGGUAUAUGUGAAAUGACUUAAAUAUAUCAGAACUCUGCACUGUAA